GAAGAAAGUAAAGAGAAACGAAAACGGAAACCAAAAUCAACCAUUACCCAAACUCUCCUCACACCUUCUCUAACGCAACAACGAACUCCGCCGGCCACUACUCUCCGCCCAGUGCUCACGUCGCCUUCCCAUCGCCUACCUCGCCGCCGCAUGCUCUGACAGCGCUCAGCCUCUUUCUAUCUUCCGCUUUCUUUCUCUUCCGUUUUCUCCCUCUCUCUCUAACGAUCCAUCUUCUCUGUUUUAUGAGUUCCACCUGUCCUCGCCGACACAGUCGAGCAUUUCCGCCGAUUCUUCAUCGAACACUGCCGCUGCCAUCGUUCUUUUUACGGGAUUCUUGGUUUUGGAUUCAAGAUUUGGAAGACGUUAGCUUGCUGUCCAGCAGGUGUUAAGGACCGUAUUGGUUGAUUUUUUGGUUGGAAUUUUUUGCUGAUGUUGUGAGGUGGUUUUGGAUUAAGCCACGUAUUGGGGGCUUUGAUCCAAGAUUACUCAAAAACAAGAAGAUAAAUUGCUUGUUAUUCAGCUCAACUUUGAGAUGAGCCUUGCAACCAAUUCUCCAGCUCACUCAUCAAGCAGUGACGAUUUUGCUGCAUUUCUUGCUGUAGAUCUUGAUUCCCAUUCGUCUGACUCAUCACCUGAUGAAGAGACCGAGGGUGACAAUAAUGCUGAAAGCGUGAGGAUAAAGCGUCGUAAGGUAGAGAAACUGGAAAACUCAGAGGAGGAUAUUAUGCAUGAAGUUGAAGAGCAAAGUUUAGAAGUAUUAUCAAAGCAACAAUUAUGCAGUCAUCCUGGUUCAUUUGGAAAUAUGUGUAUCAUAUGUGGGCAGAGGUUGGAUGAGGAAUCAGGCGUGACAUUUGGGUAUAUACAUAAGGAGCUGAGGCUUAAUAAUGAUGAAAUUAACCGGAUGCGUAACAAAGAAAUGAAGGAGUUGUUGCAGCGUAAAAAACUUAUCUUGGUUCUUGAUCUGGAUCACACACUAUUAAACUCAACUGAGCUACGGUAUUUGACAGUUGAAGAGGAGUAUUUGAGGAGUCAAACAGAUUCUCUUGAUGAUGUCACGAAAGGAAGCCUUUUCCUAUUGAACUCCGUUCAUACAAUGACAAAGUUGAGGCCAUUUGUCCAUUCAUUUUUGAAAGAAGCUAGUAAGUUGUUUGAAAUGUAUAUAUACACUAUGGGGGAGCGAAGAUAUGCCUUUGAAAUGGCAAAGUUGUUAGACCCCAAGAAGGAGUACUUCAGUUCCAAAGUUAUUUCUCGGGAUGAUGGCACUCAAAAGCAUCAGAAAGGUCUUGAUGUGGUGCUGGGUAAGGAAAGUGCUGUUCUGAUCCUCGAUGAUACUGAAAAUGCAUGGACAAAACAUAAAGAAAACUUGAUAUUGAUGGAGAGAUAUCACUUUUUUGCUUCAAGUUGUCGUCAAUUUGGCUUCAACUGUAAAUCUCUAUCUGAGUUGAAGAAUGAUGAGAGCGAAACUGAUGGGGCACUGACAACCAUCCUGAAAGUUCUGAAACAAGUCCAUCAUAUGUUCUUUAAUGAAGUCUCGGGUGAUUUGGUUGAUAGAGAUGUGAGACAGGUACUAAAGACAGUUCGUGCUGAAGUUCUUGAGGGAUGCAAAGUCGUCUUCAGCCGUGUUUUUCCUACCAAAUUCCAGGCUGAGAACCAUCAACUCUGGAAGAUGGUUGAGCAGUUAGGAGGCACUUGCUCAACCGAACUCGACCAAUCCGUGACACAUGUGGUCGCGACAGAUGCUGGAACAGAAAAGUCACGUUGGGCUUUGAAGGAGAAGAAGUUUCUGGUCCAUCCACGGUGGAUAGAAGCAUCAAACUACUUCUGGAAACGGCAAAUGGAAGAAAACUUUACCGUCGAGCAAACCAAAGUCGAGCAAACCAAGAAACAAUGACGACACCGUUUCUGUUUAUUACCGUAGUAAUUCCACAUUCCUCUUAAAUGGAUCAUGGACUUGUUGGGGUGGGGUUUACAUGCUGUGCUCUUGGUGUUUCCCCAUAAAUUUUACUUAGGACUCUCUCACCUUAUUUGUAGGUCACCAUCUCCUCAUUUUUGAAGUAUCCCUUAAAAUCAACUUCAAGGGUUGAUUGAAAUUCAAGCUCUUCGGUUUCCGUAGAUGUGUAGAUGUGUUGCGUUGUAACCAUUUUGAGUUGGGUUAUAAUCAUAGGAGAUGUUAUUUUUAUUUUUGGCUUGUAAUUCUUUUUGUUUUUUUCUUAAUUUUCAAGCCCUAACAACUGUGGUUCUGUAUUUGUAAUUCUGCUAAUGUAUUUGUCUCAUAUCAAAGAUAGCAUCAGUUGAUAAGUUUCAUGACAGAAAUAUCAUUGUUAGAAUUUUUUUAUCAUUAACAUGUAUAUAUUUGUUUU